GCACGGCGCGCAACACAACACACUGACAGCUGCGACUGACUCACAACCAAGGGGGAAAGAUGGAGCACAGAGACCCGGACUUCAACAUAUUGCUAGCGACGGAUUCAUACAAGGUAACACAUUACAAACAAUACCCCCCCAACACGAGUAAAGUGUACUCCUACUUCGAAUGUCGUGAGAAGAGGACCGAUCCCAGCAAAAGCAGAAAAGUCAAAUAUGACAAAACUGUCUUCUACGGCCUACAGUACAUCCUCCAUAAAUACCUAAAAGGAAAGGUAGUGACUCCAGAGAAGAUCCAGGAGGCAAAGGAGGUAUACAGAGAACACUUCCAAGAUGAUGUUUUUAAUGUGAAGGGAUGGACUUACAUUUUGGAGAAAUACAAUGGACACCUGCCUAUUGAAAUUAAGGCGGUGCCAGAGGGGAGCGUCAUUCCCAGAGGCAAUGUUUUGUUCACAGUGGAGAGCACAGACCCUGAAUGCUACUGGCUCACCAACUGGGUGGAGACCAUCCUGGUGCAGAUCUGGUACCCCAUCACAGUGGCGACCAACUCAAGAGAGCAGAAGAAGAUCCUCGCCAAAUACCUCCUAGAAACUUCUGGGAACUUGGAAAAACUAGAGUAUAAACUCCAUGACUUCGGCUACAGGGGCGUCUCCUCACAAGAGACUGCAGGUAUCGGGGCCUCCGCCCAUCUGGUCAACUUCAAGGGCACAGACACGGUUGCCGGCAUCGGAGUCAUUAAGAAGUACUAUGGCACCAAGGACCCUGUGCCAGGUUUCUCCGUGCCUGCUGCAGAGCACAGUACCAUCACAGCAUGGGGGAAGGACCAUGAGAAAGAUGCCUUCGAGCACAUCAUCAAGCAGUUUCCCAGCGUGCCCGUAUCCAUAGUCAGCGACAGCUACGACAUCUACAACGCCUGCGAGAAGAUCUGGGGCGAAGACCUCCGGGGUUUGAUCGAGUCUCGCAGCGCAGACGCCCCACUGGUUGUCCGACCAGACUCAGGAAACCCACUUGAUACGGUUCUGAAGGUUUUGGAGAUCCUAGGUAAGAAGUUUGCUGCAAAGGAGAACUCUAAAGGUUAUAAAGUGCUCCCUCCUUACAUUAGAGUCAUACAAGGAGACGGAGUGGAUAUCAACACACUGCAAGAGAUUGUGGAGGGUAUGAAGCAACACAGGUGGUCUAUUGAGAACAUUGCCUUUGGAUCUGGAGGGGCUCUGCUGCAGAAACUGACCAGAGAUCUGCUCAACUGCUCCUUCAAAUGCAGCUAUGUGGUCACUAACGGCCUGGGGGUGAAUGUGUUUAAGGAUCCAGUGGCAGACCCCAACAAGAGGUCAAAGAAAGGUCGCCUGUCUCUGCACCGGACUCAGAGUGGAGACUUUGUGACCCUGGAAGAGGGCAAAGGCGACCUGGAGGAGUAUGGCGUGGACCUGUUGCACACAGUCUUUCAGAACGGGAAGAUUGUGAAAACGUACACAUUCGACAAUGUCAGAGACAAUGCUAAGCUCAAAGAGAGUGAGCUUGAAGAGCUGCUGCACUGAAGCACAGCGCUAUGAGACCCCCACCCCACCACCCUUAACUACCCCUCCCUCCCAUCCCCUGAACCCCUUCACCUUUUGGCCUCCGACGUCAACCCCAGAAUAUGGAGGUAGCGUGCACUGCUAAUAGACCCCACCACCCCCAAAGCCUGAGAAGUCCCCGAAACGUUCCUAAAAUCCUAAAAAUUCACCCUCAGCUCAAUAGUUCUCCAACGGAAUGGGGAAUGAGAGAUUUGGAAAAACUCACACACCUCGGAUGAACAGCAAACAACCCAAUGAGUUUUAGAGUGGGGGGAAAAAAAAAGAGAAAGAAGAUGAUGUGUGAGAGACGUGCAGAGGGAGAGAAGUUGCAGAUUAUGACGACAAACCAUGCGUUCACAUCCCCAUGCCACCGCCCCCCCCCCCCCCCCACCCCCUUCCAAAAAACCGUCAAAUUCAACUAUGGCAUGUUGCACUAGUCUGGACAUACUGAACCCCCAAACAAACCAGAUGAUUGUAGGUUUUUUUUCUUUUGGAGGAGUUUCUGGGCGCUGCACGGUGAGUGAACCCAUGGUGAGUCAAAAGAGAGAAAGUUCACGAGAGAAAGAGAGAAAAUUAGAGAAAUAUGAAGCCACACCCACACCAAUGACCGUGCCCCGUGUAUUGUGUACAGAAGUGUUUAGAAAAAAAAAAAUACAUGUCUGAAUCUACUUAGCUUUGUCUUUUAUGUGAAGAAAAGAAAACGAUGAUCACGGUAUAUAACGGUGCACCAAUAACAUUUACGGCUAAUAUUGUAUGUUGCUUCUAUUUUGAAACAGAAAAUCAUGAACACUGUAUGCAUUUUACCGUAAUUAUGGGUGAUGAAGGUAUUAUUAUUAUUAUUUUUUUUUCAGCUCUCUUGCUUUUUUUAAUCAGUAGCUACGGCCAAAAUUAUAAAUGGCCAAAAUGUAUCAAGUACUACCUGAAUAUUUUGUACUAUUACUCCGCCAAAAUGAAAUGUUAUUGGUGCAUCUCUGAAGGUAUAGAAAUGAUCAUCUGCUUGCCAUUAUGUUGCCCAGAGAGCAUUCACAUCAUAAAUGCCCAAUCCACAAUCCAAUCAUGCCACAAAAUCAUUAAUAUUGUACAUGAAGGAAGGGGUUUUGUCAUUUUCAAAGUGAUGCGAAAAAGCUCAAUUUCCAUCAAUAAUGUCUGAGUCCCGGAGAAGCUUGAUAUCUUUACAAACCUACAGUGAGUAAAUUGGCAAGAUUAGGCUUUUCUAGUGGAUUAGGAAGAGUCCAAAUUAUUGGAUUGGGUCUUCAUAGUGGCGAAUGCUCUUGAAACCAGUCUUUGCUGUAUAAGACCAAGAGUUGAUGUAAAAAAAAAAGAAAAAAAAAAGAAAAAAUGCAUCACAGAUAUUGUCUUCACUGGAAUGAAGACGAUCUACCUAUGUGUUUAUGGAAGAUUACAUAUGUGGCUUCUGGGCUGAAAUGUUUGUUAAAUGUUGGUUUUGAUGUGUGUGUGUGUAUGUGUGUGUGUAUGUGUGUGUGUGUGUGAGUCAGAUUGGAUCUGUGUGUGUGCGUGUGUUUACUGACAUCUUCUUUCUUUUUAAAGGAUCGUGUAGUAUUCCUUUAUGCAAACGUACUUGUCGAUCGGGGGAAUAGAGAAACACUUUUCCUUUUUACUUUGCCGGCCUUUCAUUCCAGAGGGAAACGCAGUUUUUGUGACAAACAGGGAGUGAUGCGCCGUGUUUCUCCUGAGCAACAUUGACAGAGGCAGAAAAGUUAGACAUCGCGUUAGAAAUACUUCCCGACAGCAACACGUUCCUGUGUGAUUAAAAACCAGCUAUGAUUUGUCAGUUGGUGGAGCACAGUGUCCCUUGGUAUCACUGCCUUAACUCGUGAAAAGCAGGGAAACUUUCAACAGAGGUGCUGCUGGGGAAAAUAAAGGAUGUGGAGGUGUGCCUAAGGAUGGCGCCUUGCACUCCUGCUUGGAUUUUACAGUAGAAUUUAUUGCCCAGGUCUAAAUGGGAUCUUGCAGAUGAUGAUGCAUUUUUGGAGAUAAUUAUCUUCCCAUUCAGAGCAUCUGAGUUGAAAGUCACUCCUGUUUCCAGGUGCGCUGUCAUCACAUUGUUAAACUGGCCUUUUCCGAAUGAAGGGAUUUUUUUCGUAUUGCAGAGCUACGACAGGUUUAAUGAGAGAGGGCUACGAGCUAGUGACAUCACAGGAAUCAAGCAUUCUGUUAGAAGAUGGGCAGUGGAUGCAACAUUUCUCCCACCUCAGUUUUGACAGCCAGCCCAUAGAGAAUCAUACUAAAACGGCUCCUUCUGAAAAACGGUUGAAUCCAUAGUUUAAUCUUUGUUAUUUUAGCCAUGUCUCACUUUGGUCCAGACUAAAUUGGCUCAACAACUAUUGGAUGUACUGUCAACUUUAUCCAGGCGUUCAUGGUCCCCAGAGGAUGAAUCCUACUGACUUUGAUGAUCUCCUGGCUUCACCACGAGGUUCACAUUUGUGGAAGAAAAACAAUUCAGUGAUCCCUCCAUGCAUCUAGCACUUUUACUGUAAUGCCAUCAAACACUUAAACUAAUUACAUUUUCAUCAGUCUCAGUUCUUCCUUUUGCUUAGUGCUAAUUAGAUGUUAACAAAAUGUUAACAUGCUAACACGGCAAAACUAAGAUGGCAGUCAGUCAGCAUCAUACACGCUUAACAAAACCAUGUUCGCAUUGUCAUUGUGGGCUUUUUAGCAUGCUGACUGUUAGCAUUUAGCUCAAUUAAACCGCUGUGCCUGAGUACAGCCUCACAGAGCCGCUAGCGUAAGUGCAGACACUCAAUCUUUUCUAAAACUUUUAAAAACUCCAGGUUUUUUAUCUGUCCAUACACAAUCUUCAGACAUGAUGCUGCUUUACAUUAACAGCAUAACACAUCCUCCACUAGGGGGUGCUACCACAACCUGUGAUGUCACUGACUCCCCUCCCUUGCCUCUGGCUCAGAUCAUCCUCCUCCAACAGGCUGAUAAACACACACAGCCAGUCACAAAUAGGAAAACAAAUGUUGCGCUAUUUUCUUUUUCUUUUUUCUUUUUUUCUCCGCCCCCUUUUUGUUUUUGCAACUGUCACUAAUGUUACUGUACAAGUCAAAAUCAUUUGUUAUCUAAUUGUUCUGAACAGUUUGGCUUUUCUUUUAUUCCAAUUAUGGGGUGCAUUUUAGUAAAAUAUUGAUUUUACUAUUUUGAUACUGUCUCUGUUCUUACCUCAGAGAAAUAUUAUUUUGUAUGACAAAGGAGAAAAACCAACGCCACAGACAUUGCAGUAAAUAUCCUUACUUACGAACGAUGCGGCCAUACUGCCUUCUCACUUGUACAUACAGCAACUAGUUUGAAAGCAGAGAGGGCAGGUUAGGGAGAUGACCACAGUAGAUAAUAUUAUUAUUAUUUUUGUCAAAACAACCCUUUUUGUACCAACAGAAGAAUAUCCAAAACUGCUUGACAGAAUUGGCAGUGUGAAUGUUUUUUUUUUUUGUUUUUUUUUUGUGACUGUCAAGCCUUUAGCUUCUGUUUGUGUGUGUAUGUGUGUGUGUGUGUGUGUUGUCAUGUGUGAAUGCCUCGUGUGUGUGAGAGAGAAUGAAAAGAGUUUGUGAAUACUUUUUUUUUUUCUUUAUGUUGUUGUUGUUUUACUUGUAUGUACAUGUUGGUUGUCCCAAAUUCUCUCCCAACACAACUGAUAUUUUAACUAACCUAACUUGCUAUAUUGUCAACAAUACAUCAAUUAAAAAUGCCACCCUGUCAGUUUGAAA